AUGGCACUCAAUCUCCGGCAAAAGCAAACGGAGUGCAUUAUCCGGAUGCUCAAUCUGAACCAAACGGUGAUCAACCCGGUUGGUGGCGGAGGGGGAACGGCGAACGAGGAGGUGUACAAGAUCCUUAUCUACGAUAGAUUCUGCCAGGAUAUACUGUCGCCGCUUAUCCACGUCAAGGAUCUGCGAAAGCAUGGUGUCACGCUCUACUUUCUUGUCGACAAGGAUCGCAAGCCAGUCCACGAUGUCCCCGCUGUAUACUUCGUUCAGCCUACCCAACUCAACAUCCAGCGUAUCGUCUUGGAUACGUCCAGGGCGCUCUAUGACUCGUUUCACCUCAAUUUCUCCUCCUCCAUUCCCAGGCCGCUCCUCGAGGACCUCGCAUCUGGAUCUGUUAAUUCUGAUUCAAUCCAGAGAAUUUCCAAGGUCCAUGAUCAGUAUUUGGAAUUUGUGACUCUUGAGGAUAAUUUAUUUUCGCUUGCUAAUAAGAAUUGCUAUGUUCAAUUAAACGAUCCUUCAGCUGGGGAUAAAGAGAUUGAGGAAAUAAUUGAAAAAAUUGUCAGUGGGUUGUUUUGUGUGUUGGCAACACUUGCUGUUGUGCCAAUUAUUAGGUGCCCCCCUGGAGGGCCCUCUGAGAUGGUAGCAUCCUUACUUGAUCAGAGGUUGCGUGAUCAUUUGUUGGCAAAGAACAAUUUGUUCACAGAGAGUGGGAAUUUCACAAGCUCGUUCCAGAGGCCGAUUUUAUGUAUAUUUGAUAGGAACUUUGAACUGUCUGUGGCUAUACAGCAUGAAUUUAGGUAUAAGCCGCUGGUUCAUGACGUGCUUGGGUUGAGGUUGAAUAGAUUGAAUGUAAAAGGGGAGAAAGGUGGGAUGAAGUCGUUUGAAUUGGAUCAUUCAGACCCAUUUUGGAUGGCAAAUGGGUUGUUAGAGUUUCCAGAAGUGGCUGUGGAAAUUGAGACGCAGUUAAACAAGUAUAAGAAAGACGUUGAGGAGGUAAAUAGGCGAACUGGAGGAAAUGCUGGGGCUGAGUUCGAUGGAACAGAUUUGAUUGGCAACACAAAGCAUCUGAUGAGUGCAGUAAACUCUCUGCCUGAAUUGACUGAGCGGAAGCAAGUGAUUGAUAAGCACACUAAUAUUGCUACUGCAUUGUUGGGUGAGAUCAAGGAACGGUCUCUGGAUUCUUAUGCCAAAAUGGAAAGUGAAAUGAUGAUCAGAGGUGGAAUUGAUAGGAACGAGCUUCUUAGCGUGCUCAGAGGGAAAGGAGAUAAAAUGGACAAACUGCGGUUCGCUGUAAUGUAUCUCAUAUCAACUGAAAGCCUCUCUCCUUCAGAAGUUGAAACGGUUGAAGUUGCACUGAGGGAGUCAGAGGUUGAUACUAGUGCAUUUCAGUAUGUGAAGAAGAUAAAGUCAUUAAAUAUCUCAUUAGCAUCAGCAAAUUCUGCCAGCAGGAGCAAUAUUGUCGAUUGGGCCGAAAAAUUGUAUGGGCAGUCAAUCAGUGCUGUAACUGCUGGUGUGAAAAAUUUGUUGUCUAGUGAUCAUCAGUUGGCUCUGACAAGAACAGUUGAUGCACUAAUGGAGGGCAAACCAAAUCCUGAAAGUGAUUCUUAUCUUGUUUUUGAUCCUCGCGCACCUAAGUCAACCCCCGGUUCAAGUAGCAGCCACCUGAAAGGACCAUUCAAAGAGGCUAUCGUGUUUAUGAUCGGUGGUGGAAAUUAUGUAGAGCACGGGAGCUUGCAAGAUCUUGCACGCAGUCAGCAGCCAGUCAAGCAUGUCAUUUAUGGAACCACUGAAAUACUGACGGGAGGUGAGUUCGUCGAGCAGCUUGAUGUUCUCGGGAAGAAGAUGGGAUUAGGAAGCAGUGAUAUUGCUCCCGCCAUUAAAUAG